CUGAACAGAGUAAACUGACAUCAGACCGUCUCCAUUAGCAGCCGCCGUCCGCUCCCAACCGACACUUAUUUAACCACUUAUUACUCACCGGGACCACCGGGCUCUCCCCCCCUCAUCUGCUCAGUGCUGUCCGGGGUUCCUCACCAUGGAGAAGAGCAGCUAACGUUAAGCUAAGCGGUGUCCGUUAGCAGCGGGACUCCUCCGGUUGACAGUCGACGGCAGCAGCGGGAUCAGAGCGCGGCUCGUCCGGGGAGGAGGAGGGAGGUUACUGGAUGUCACCGACACCGCGAAACUCUCGUUAGCCCGGCAGCCAGCUAACGAUAAACCGCCUGUAAAGUCACAAACAACAAACGGAAAGCAGGAAUUUAACGGCUGCUGGCCAGAGGAGCUGUGGCGAACCACUGACUGUGGAUGCUGAUUCACGAGGAGCAUGAGUCAUGACCUCGGUGGUGCUGGUCGACACUGGUGGGACGGUGGUGGAGUAUGUCACAGCUGAGGAGGAUCCACAGCAGCAGGAUGGAGAAUGUGAGGUGGAUCUGGAGCUGGAAGGAGAAGUGGAAGGCGAGUGUGAAGCUGAGGAGGCCUAUGAAGAUGCACUGGAAAGAGAAGAGGCAGACGAGUACCCAGCAGUCAUAGUGGAGGAGAUACCCGGUGCCAGCCUGACCGAAGAGCAGGGUUACUCAGCCCAGGUGGUGGUGUAUGACAAUGAGGAGUAUCUCAUGCAAGAAGUAGCCGAUGAGCAGGAAGUGGAGACAGAAGGGGAAGCAGUGGAGGCUUCUGUUCAUGGCACCAGUGUUCAUUGCUCAGACAAAACCAUUGAAGCUGCAGAGGCUCUGCUGCGAAUGGAUUCACCUUCCAGUCUCAGAGAAGACCGAAGCCCAGAAGCUUUUAUCCCACCAUGCGUAACCACGCCAGACUUCCUUCAUGCGGCCAUGCGACCCGACAUGAUUGCAGAGACAGAGGUGGAGAUUUCAACAGAAGACUGUUGCGAGGAGGAGGAGGAUGAGGAGAUGGUCACCCUGCUGGAAGAGCCAGAGCCAGAACCGGACCACCAGGCUAUCAGGAAGAGGCGAGCUGGACGGAAGCCAAAGACACAUCAGACGGUGAUAUCUAAUGGCUCACCGGAUCUCGGCAUCAAGAAGAAACCAAGAGAAGGGAAAGCUGGGAACACAACCUACCUUUGGGAGUUUCUGCUGGACCUCCUCCAGGACAAGAACACCUGUCCCAGGUAUAUCAAGUGGACCCAGAGGGAGAAAGGUAUCUUCAAACUGGUUGACUCAAAGGCCGUGUCCAAGCUGUGGGGAAAACACAAAAAUAAGCCAGACAUGAACUACGAGACCAUGGGACGGGCACUAAGGUAUUAUUACCAGCGCGGCAUUCUCGCCAAGGUUGAAGGCCAGCGGUUGGUGUACCAGUUCAAAGACAUGCCCAAAAACAUUGUCAUCAUUGACGAUGACAAGGCAGACAUGCCCGCCCCUGAAGAUCUGAUCGGUUCAGAUGCAGCAGCAUCCUGCGAGCGUGUUCCUCCGCCAUCAGAUAUGCUGCUCCAGGCCUCUGACCUGUCUUCCACAAAGAAGCCCAACAUUUUGCGGGGCGCUAACAGAGCCAACGUAGUCCAAACUUCGGCCGCCAGCGCCAGCAAGCCAGCAGCAGGAGGUGGAGCAGUGGUGACGGCAGGGGUACCAAGGAUAGUGGCAGUUCCAGGGGCAAACGAUGGGAGCCAGACCCAACAGAGUCACACAGCUAUCAUCCCGAGCGCCACAGGGCCCAGGACGGUGCGGGUGGCUAUGCAGGUGCCUGUAGUCAUGACGACAUCACUCGGUCAGAAGAUAUCUACAGUUGCUAUGCAGCAGCCAGCGGGAACAACAGGGGCAGCCGGACACACCACCCUCCUCACCAACACCUCUGCUAUCGGAGCUGCUGCUGGGAACACCAACUCACAACAGAAGGUUGUGAUCCAGACUAUCCCCACCAUGGUCCCUGCCACAGCGGAGAAUGGAGACAAGAUCACCGUCCAGCUGGCCAAGAUCAUCACAAUUCCAGCCCACCAGUUAGCUCAGUGUCAGCUGCAGACCUCCACAGGCUCAAACAAGCCCAGCGUUGGAGCCUCCCCAGCAGGCAUCAGCCUCCUCGGGAGCCCCCUGACGGUCCGGGCCCUGGCGCCCGUCAACGUAGCCCCGGGAACGCAAGUGAUGAGACUCACCGUGCCGGCGCAGGCGCAACAACAGACUCUGGUGGUGUCACAGCCUGGAGGCGUCAGCAGCGGGGCGGGUGUGGUCACAGUGUCAACAGCCAAUCAGGCGUUGUCGCCGCAGCCUCGCAUCAUUGGUGGCGUCAUCAAUGGCUCGGAGCUGGUAAUCGGAGGAGCUGGAGGAGUCUCAGUGGAGAAGCUGAAGGCGGCAGGAGUCCAGGUCCAGGCUAUCCAGGUACCGGUGACGAUGGCAGUACAGCAGAACCAGCAGAACCCCAAAAUUGUCCAGAACAUCAAAUCAGAGGCCGUGGACACUGAGGUGGUAAUCAAACUGGAAACACCUGAUGUGACGAUAAAGACAGAAGAGCUUGAGUGUUAAAAUACAUCCUUCUUCUCUGCCAGAGACAGUUAGUUUGUACAUUUCCGAAGUCAUUUUUACUCUUGUGAUAACCAGCAGUAGUCUGUGAGACUUUAAACACUCCUGAAGGCCUGUUUUUAGUCCUGAACCCAUCUUCACAUCUUCCAUUUCGAUGCCUAGAACAUUUUCUGAACUCAGCCGGUCUCCCUCAGAACUACACAGAAACCUCCAGAGUGCCGUUUCCGGAGCCCUGCAACAUAGGAACACACAGACUUUAAAGGGAUUUGUUGGGAAAAGCAAAGGGACCAACCUUGAUCACUACAAUUUAUGCCUUCAAAAUGGAUCGCUGUCACUGACUCAAAUUAGGAAAAAACCUUGGAAAACAAAGUGAAACACUACAAAAAGAAAACAAGGCGAGUAAUUACAAGCAACCAAAAUGUGAACCAUCAAGUUUUUAAAAAGACAAAAUGAGGGCAGGGGUGGUAUAAUGCAGCUUUUGUAGAGAGCAGGUAUUUGUGAUUCUGCCUCUACAAAUGUUAAAACCAGCAACUUGUUUUUUUAAAAAAAAAAAACAAAAACUUGUAUCACUGUGCAGAUCAAGUGUGGGUGGUGCUACAAGAACCCUUAAAGAGUGAAAGUGGAGCUGCGAAAAGCUCCCACAGGAACGAUAUCAGAAAGAAAAUGGUCAUGUAUGUACAUAUAUAUAUAUAAAUAUAUAUACUAUACAGUUUACAGAGCUAAUGUUAACAGAACAGCCUUAGAUUUUAAUUUUGACUUUCUUUUUCAUGUAUUGUCUGAAUGGUAAGAUGAAAUUUGUUUGUGUUUUGAUACCUUUGUACCAAGCACAGUAUUAUUGAAACUAGGAGGAUUAAUAUUUGUAUUAUUAUUGGUUCCUCUUUUCAGGCUGUUAAUGCUAAUAUAGGUUGAAUCUCACAGUAAAAACAGCACCAUGUUGUAGAUCAGUGGCCAGAUUGCUUGCGGUGUCUCCGAAACCGUUUUGACAAAAGGAUCCUGUUUUUUUUUUUCCUCUUUUAUGACAGAUGUUUGCGGUUAUUCCCAAACCUGCAGUCAGGUGCAUGCACAUGCCAAGAAAUGUGGGCUGACGCAUGCUGCCAUGUCUUGGAAAAAAAAAAGUUUGAAAACAUAAAUAGGAAUAUGUCUAAUCUCAGAUUUCAAUAAUGAACUGAACCAAACUAUUUUAAUUACUAAAAAAAGAGGCGUUGGAAAUCAUGAGUUUAUGCAAAAUGGCUGCAAACAUUGUCCACCCACUGUGGAUUUCAGGUCACUUUACUUCUUGCUUAAAACAAAGGGUCAGUUUGCCAGAACAGAGUUUCUGCCAUGUUGGCUCUGCCCCUACGUUUUAUUAUUUUUCUUUUUUUUUUUUAAACCUAGGAAGAGGGAAGAGAGAGAGAGAAAGAGGUUUGUGUUCAGACUGAACUGUUUGUAUAUUCAACAUUUGAAGUAUAUUCUAUUUUGUUGUACUCUUGUUUCAAAGUGUAUUAAAGUAGAUUUUACUGAAAUAUAAAAAGACAUUUGAAACCUGA